CAAACGCUCCCAUGAUUCCACGUCGGCUCCCUCGCGCUGUGCACUCACUCUGGCGCUGCUGCUAAGCAACAAGCAUUUGCGAGCUACGAUGCUAGCCAGUAACCUGGUUAGCUCCGCUCUCAGCGUAGUUAGCUCAUACGCAGGCUCGCAGACAGACGGCAGUGCGGACAGAUACGUGAUUUCCAUCCCGUAAAUGUCUCCGAGUUGACUCACUCGUCGUCGUUGAUCAAACUUUGUGUGUCGUGUGGACGCUCAGAACCCGGGCUCUGUGCAGACAUUAGCUAGAUACCGUUAGCAGGUGUAGCAGAAGGUUCUGUACUCUGGGAAAAGAAGUGGCUAACCCUUAGCUAGGUAACCUUAGCACAGGGAGUCACCGGCGCCUCCUCUCGCCACAGAGACGAGCCGAGGGCGGCUGUAGAUAUGUGAUUGCGGGUUAGCCGGCUGGUUAGCUCGUCAAAUGCUGGAGGACACCCGGAGGAGUCGUACCGUGAUUUUACAGGUGGUAUAUGUGUCCGUCUCGCAUCACUAAAACAACCCGGGCAGAGUGGAACUGAGAGAACCAGCCAGACGUCGCCACCAUGUUGGAGGAGGACAUGGAAGUGGCCAUCAAAGUGGUCGUGGUUGGCAACGGAGCCGUUGGCAAAUCCAGUAUGAUCCAACGCUACUGCAAAGGCAUCUUCACUAAGGACUACAAAAAGACAAUCGGAGUGGACUUUCUGGAGAGGCAGAUAGAUGUCAAUGACGAAGAGGUCCGACUAAUGCUUUGGGACACUGCUGGGCAGGAAGAGUUUGACGCUAUCACCAAGGCCUAUUAUCGUGGUGCACAAGCAUGUGUGCUGGUUUUCUCUACCACCGACAGGGAGUCAUUUCAGGCUAUCGACAGCUGGAGGGAGAAAGUGGAAGCAGAGGUUGGAGAUAUUCCCACAGUUCUAGUGCAGAACAAAAUUGACCUCCUAGAAGAGACUGUUAUAAAUAAUGAGGAGGCAGAAGGUUUGGCAAAAAGACUCAAACUGAGAUUUUAUCGAGCUUCAGUAAAAGAGGACCUUAAUGUUAACGAGGUUUUUAAGUACUUAGCUGAAAAGUAUCUUCAACGACUCAAGCAGCAAACAGCAGAGGAGACCGAUGUGGUCCAUUCAACAAGCAAUAAAAUAGGUGUUUUCAAUACCACAAGUAGUAAUGUCUGCAACCAGAACUCCAGCAACGGUAGAGAAGUCAUCACGUUGAGACCAAACAAACAACGGACCAAGAAGAGUAAAAAUCCUUUUGGAAGUUGCAGCCUUCUCUAGAUAGAAUCAUUUUAGUUUUAGCAACCGACUAUUUGUUUCUCAGACUAGAUUGGUCAUUGUUGUAUUCAUUUAGAGACCAAAGCCCAUACAGACUGGGAAGUACUACUCUACACUACUUUAACAAUUUUGGUUCAACCUUGGGUGUCCAUCAGUGGUCUGCACACAAAGCCUGUUGAUAUGUAUACACGUUGGGUAACAACUAGAGCUGAAAUCCCCACAAAAACAAGAGUUAUGUCUGUGAGUGAUUGUGUGUUUUUUUUUUUAAUAUAUAUAACUCGAUAUACACGCCUCUCAUCAAAAUAUGUAACAGCAAAUGUUGCACUCUUGCUCCUGGUCGCCCAUUCAUGUGUUUGACAUUCGAACCGUACAAUAUGUUUGCAUGCAUCGUAGAAGAUAAACAGAUCAUUUUGUACCAUAUUUUUCUAACUGUCAACAAACUAUGGCUCAGACUAUGCUGUUUAUUGUGGACAAAACACUCUGGAAUCCAGAAGUAAUUCUAUGUGCAGAGUUAUUUUUGUACGAAUCACAUUAGUGUUGAGUGAUAUUUUCACUGAAGUGUUGACGUUGUGCCAAAAUGUUCCAUUUUCUGAGCUGUAGUUUAACAUUAACACUGCAAUGACUUGGAUGUAACAUGAAAAGAAUAGAAUGUGCUCCUAUGGAUAACCAAAUAUUGAUAACUAUUGUCACAAAAUAGUCCUGUGUGUCGGCUUACAGUGCACUUAUUCAAAGAUUUGUUAUCUGAAUUCUUCACUUAAUUAUGAGUUGAAUUAAUGAUUCUCUGCUAUUUGAGUCAUAAUACAUCAAGUUACAAUCUGUUAUGGUACUUUCAGUUGUUAACAUAUGUCAGAUUUAACUGACCUUUUCUUUAACGUUAGCAUAGCUUUGCCUAUGCAGGGUUUAUAUUGUCCAUUGUCACUACAUUUCAAACACUAAACAUGUUACAAGUUGUGUUUUUAUCUUUGGUUUGGCCUCAUGUUGUAUUCUAUCAGUUUUAUUUAUAUCAUUCUGCUCACUUUUAAUGGGAUGAAAGGGAGAAGGAGCUGGAAUACAGACAGAAUAAAGAGUGAAAAACCCUCGCUGUCUGAUGGUAUUAGAGAUGUUCUGAUACCAUUUUUCUCUUCCCUCUACCAAUUCAGAUACCUGGACUUUAAGCAUCUUCCAAUACCAAGUACUGAUCCGAUACUGAUGCAUAAAAUAACAAACAAAAACCCCACUUGUAUAACAGCUGUAUGCUUCUAACCCUGUAUGGAAGUGAUGAUCGCUAUCACUGCUGUAUGGCCUGGCUCAGGUUAAACCGUUUGGAAAAACAAAUGCAUACAGAGUAUGAACGUCAUAGAACUUCUUUUAUGAUCUAGUUUGACAGUCAUGACUGACAAAGUUCACAAAUAAACAAAUCUUUAGGAAUAUGCAAUGAUUACUUCUUCAAAUUGCUCGAAAUGGAAGCCUAACAUAUGUUUCAUGUCGCCAUUUUACACGUGGGACUUUCAGCCUGAGAUAUUGCCAAAUUUCUGAUAUUUUAUCUAGCUCUGGCUAAUGCUACACUACCAGAAAUCACUUCUUUUUGGCUGCUCUAAAACCAGUAUCAGUGGCAGUUACAGCACAACUGCUGUUUUGGAGCAGCAAAGAGUGAUUUCCAGGAAAAGAAAGUUGCAGUUCAGUCAGGGUGACAUUUCUAUAUUUUGAAGACGUGGCAUUGGAUGGGUACACAGAUUUGCGUACUUGCUGAUGCUCAGUCCCGCAGUAUCUGAGGCAUUUCCAAUGCUGGUAUUGGAACAUCUCUUGGUGGUAUUACCAAAACCACGAGCAUCAGGGCUGGGUAUGUUUCUGCUUGAGUGCCUUUGGUGGCCUGAAUAUGCAAGAAAAUCCAGUUUCUUCUCACUAAAUCAGGAUACUCCAAAAAGAUCUCCCAAACUAAUAUUCAGUCCCCAGUAGAGCGGUGAACUGUUAAUUAUUGCCUUUUAGUAAUUUUGUUUUCCAAGAAUCAUUAUCUGAACGAUACUAAUUUACCAAGCACAAAGAAAUAUGUGUAAAGUCUUAUAUUAAAUCUGCUUUAUAUAAUUAUUGAAAGUAUUUUAAAUGGAAUAUGAAUACAUAGGACAUCUUUGUGGGUAAACAUGUGCAUGCCUGUCUUUUUGAAAGUUUUGUAACUGAUCUCGGAGCUGUGUUAGAAGCUGUUAAUCCCAGCUUCAAACGAAGUUCCGAUUAAUUAAACCAUGUUAUCACUUAAUAGUCUGAUGUGAGCAUCUCAGCUGCUUCAAAUACCAUCGGUACUAAGACUGUGUCACAUUUCAAGCUUUCUCGUUUGGUUCUAUGUAAAGAGUUCUGUUCUGAAAAGAAAGUGUGGAGUAAGUAAUGCAUGCAAGCCUUUUUUUCCACAUCAGUGAAUGUUCAGUCAUGGUUGUAAAGCCACAUUGCCUUGUCCUUGUUUACAUUCUCCCCCGCUGACCAUUUAAUUCCUCUUCCUGCUGUUGGUUUAAAGCUGCAGCGAAUCUGUAAAUAAUCAUUUCUCCAGCUUUCUCUUACUUGUAAACAUUUGCCUUUUUAUUUGCUUCUUGACUGAAUGGAUUUAGUGCACUUUAUCAACAAGAUGGUUUCAAAUCUUAAAGAACCAUAAGUUAAAACUAACCUUACUUAUGUGCUGUCACUCAGGUGUUGUAAUAAUCUGUUUUACUGUUCCUCUACUUUCCCCACACACAGUACUUUAUAAACCAGUUUCACGUGUUUAGAUCGACAAACCCAGAUAAUUCUACUUAGUCUGACAACAACAAAAACCAUUGUUGGAUUUUUUUUUGUUUUGUUUUAACAGUUAUACAUGUAUCACAGCCUGGAAGCGUGCCACAGAAUUGUGCACCUGAUUUUACGUGUGUGUGUGGGGGAGUUGAUUGUAAUCUGACCUAAAUAAAAGAAAUUCAUGAAAUUGUA